UUUUAGUAACGUUUACAAUCAGAGUAAUCAGUUUGCUGUAGAUCCUCUCAGUCCCCAAGUAGACGCUAGUAACCAGAUUCAGGAACUAACUGACAACGAAGAUUUAAUUGAAUUAGAAGAUACUCCUUUCUUUGUCAACGAUGUCACUCCUAAGCAACAUAACACCAGGAGUCAUAAGCUUGUUAGAGUCGAGUCCGAAGACAAAACAAAUGAACCAAGUAUCGGAGAGUUUUCUAAUCUACCGGAGCAAGAUAAGGCUAGUGAUAAGCCUAAAGUUCCUAAUAAACCAACUAAGAAAAAUAUCGCCCCUCAAAAGAAAAAUGAUCGUCCCUCUAAAAUUAUGGAGUUGGAUGAGGAUACAGAUGAGGAUUCAGAGGACGACAUACCCAAUGAAGAAUUUGAGGAAGAGGAACUUGAGGAUAAGAUUUUUAAUUUUUCUAACAUAAGUGAAUGUGGAUUUUUUAAUAAGUACUAUAGUAGAAACUAUGAUCUCGUUAUAUAUAAUAAAUUAUACCCUAUUUUUGAGUUUAAAGUAGCUCCUGAAAUUCUUAACAUUAAACCCCUUCGAAUAACUGCCCCUGCUUUAAUGACUUCUGACAAUCAAAACUUUAACAAUAACCCUAAACUUAGUACUGAUAUCCUUAUCUUUUAUUCUGACUAUGAAAAAGAUGAUGAUAAUGCUUUUGGUUCUAAUCAGUCUUUAUCUAUUGAUACUAAGUCUGUAGACUUUAUUGAGUUUACUGACUUCUAUUCUUAUAAUAAUGACGAAAUUGUUGAACAAUCUUUUAAUAUCAAAAAUUUAGAUCCUCUUCAUCAAAUAGAAUUAGAAAACCUUCUUCAUAAUAACAGUGAUGUUUUCACUUGGACCUCUAAUGACCUUGGGAGGACUGGGUUGACUAAACACGUAAUUGAUACAGGUGACGAGUUGCCUAUUAAACAAAGACCGUAUCGUCGCUUCCCUAAGGAAAAAGACCCAUCCUUAAAUCAGUUGUUAAGAAAGGAUGUCGCCUAUAAUUGGGGUCCCUCCCAACAAUGUGCCUUCAAAGCUUUAAAGGAUAAACUCUCUUCUUCCCCUAUUUUAGCGUUCUCUAGAUUUGAUAAAGAAUUCAUUUUAUCAACUGAUGCCUCUGGCUAUGCUCUUGGAGCUAUUUUAUCUUAA